AUCCCUCGCAACGCACAAUCGCACGAACACAGUAGCCAGUGGAACCGACCGCACAAGUUUACCCCUUAAAACCCGUCAUGUCACGAAACGAAAUUAAAAAGUCGAAAAUACCGAUACCAUGCCCGACCGAGCAGGAGCUCGGCCGGGAGGAAGAACUCCUCGACGAAACGAUGCCGCCGAGCGAACUGUUCCACUGUACCAGCUCACUGCUGGCUAGCGAAUCGCUGUACACCGCCACGAUCAACGGGCAGGAGUGUCAGCUUCCGUUCGAGGUGCUGCCGGAAGUGUCCUCUUCCGUCGUGAAACUGGAGGAUACGGCCAUCUCGCGCCAACCAUUUCCCUGUCCCGCCGGGGGGUGCCGGCAGCCGUGCUGCUUGUUUAUGUUCGCCACACACGUCGCCUUCGACCACCAGGAGGUGCUGGUGGACACACUGUGGCCGGGCGAAACCAACACCGUCCUGAUCGACCCGUACACGGAACCGACCGACCAGCAGCGCUGUCACAGGCUUCUGCUUCUUAGUGGCAAAAUAAGAGGACUUGGCGAUGGGAAGCAUCGGGACAAGCUGCCGUUUGCGCUGAUGUCGUCGAAAUGUUCGCUUUACGGGUCGGACCGGCUGGUGCUGUGGAUUACCGGUCCCGAUGCGGGCGAUGGCCACCGGCAGCAGUACACGCUGGAGGCGGGAAAGAACGAAUCCUCCCGGCUGGUGAUGUACGCGGUAGCCUUCAGCGGUGAGAUCGUGCCGCUGCACGGCUCGCAGGACGCGGCGGAGCUGCACCGGUCCGGCGCUGGGCUGGUCGUACCCGAGCAGCAGCUAGACUUUCUUACCGACAGCCGCACGAAGCUUCUGGAAGUUUGUGUGCAUUUCUAUUGAUAACCGCUCGGACGAUCGGGCGUGAUGCAAAUCGCGCAUUUUUGCCGGUGGACUUGCGCGAAUAAUUCAUCAGGAAACGCCUCCCUCUCGCGGGAAAAGGAUUCGGUUGGUUCGCAGUACAAGCUCUGGCCCCAAGGGUGCAUGGGGUUAAUUUGGGUUUCGGUGAAAUGGUCAAUGGCGCACACGUCCAUUAGCAUCGUGUCGAGGAGCAGUAGUAAAAAUCGUUGCCUGAAACGUGA